CCAGUCGCGCCUGUUGAGAUUCAGCUUACGGAAGCGACGGCUUGCUUACCGCGGCGUGGACAGAGAUGAGAUAGUUGUCAGAGUUGAAAGAGUGUGAACUAGGAAUGGAAAUGUACUACCAAACAAACGUGCGGUCCACAGCACCAACGCUUGAGGAUCUACGCUCCGCCAUGCGCGUUGAACUUGCCGCUUCCCAGCGGCUGGGCGAUGAGCGAUUGACAACCAGGGCCACCAGCCCGAUUGCCCUGCGUUGUCCCGUGCAUGACGUUUAGCCCCGAGUG